AUGGCUCCCUUGAAAGUCCUCAUUUGCGGCGGUGGUUGUGCAGGACCCGCACUGGCUUACUGGCUCAAUCGCAGUGGCCACCAAGUCACUGUUAUAGAGCGCUUUCCGAUUCUCAGAGCGGCCGGUUCGCAAAUUGACCUGCGUGGUGCAGGCAUCGAAGCUGUCAAGCGCAUGGGACUACUCGAGGCCAUCCGCGGCAUUCUAGUGGACGAAGCAGGCGCGGCCAUGUUGGACUCCCAUGGUAAUGCUAUAGCACAGAUUAUGGCCAACAAGUCGGGCCAGGGUGCGCAGUCCCUCACAUCGGAAUACGAGCUUAUGCGCGGAGACCUUGUGCGCAUCCUCUACGCAGCAACAAAAGAUAAUGUGGAGUAUAUCUUCGGGAAAACCGUCGAUCAUUUUGAGCAAGAUGACCAGCAAGUCACCGUAACCUUCUCCGACGGCUCGUCGGACACAUUUGAUCUCCUCGUAGGUGCAGAUGGUCAAGGAUCGCGGAUUCGAAAAGCGAUCCUGCCACCGGGUACCCCCGAUCCUUACUUCAAGUUUGGGACCCACGUCGCUUACUGGUUCAUCCCACGCCUUGAGGGAGACAAUAAUAUGAUGAACGUAUACAACUCUCCUGGAGGCCGGAUGGUCAUGCGCCGAAGUCACAGUCCAACGGAAACCCAAGUUUUGUGUUACCUCCGGGAUAGCUCUCCAGAAAUAUCAAGCAUCCACAGAGCCUCUGUGGAUAAGCAAAAGGCGUUUUGGACGCAGCGAUUCCGCAAUGCAGGAUGGCAAAUUGACCGGUUCUUGGAAGGGAUGAAAACAACGGACAAUUGGUACUGCCAGGAAGUGGUCCAGGUACACACCGAGACAUGGUCCAAAGGUCGCGUUGUCCUCCUCGGGGAUGCUGCACACUGCCCAUCGCCUUUCAGCGGCAUGGGCACCUCCGCUGCUCUAGUCGGUGCCUACGUCUUGGCUGGGGAGAUCAGUCAACACAGCGAUGAUUUUCCCCAAGCUUUUGCAGAGUAUGACAAAAUCUUGCGGCCGUUUGUGAAAGAGGUCCAACAAGUGCAUCCCUUCUUGUUGAGGCUGGGCAUGCCGGACACAUGGUGGGGAAUUGCGAUCCUUCGCUUUAUCUUCCAGACCCUGUGUUUCCUUCGAAUCCCAGAGUUGCUCUCCAGGUUUAUGAAUGAGAGAGACGGGGGGUGGCAGUUGCCCGAUUAUCCAGCCCUCAAGGCGGCAGAACAGUAG